AUUUAUUGGGAAAAAAAAAAGAUAAAGUACGUAAAUUGACUAAUAUUUACAACAUCGUUGUAAUUAAAAAAAAACAAUAAUAAAUAUAAAAAUAUCAUCCCUCCCAAAAUUAAAAAAAAAAUGAAGAUCUAAAAGCAUUAUCCAUACCCUCCUUAUUUAUUAAUACAACUUAGUAAUCACAGUUUGAAUUCGUCUCACCUCCCACCUUCCAACUGCUACCCAAAUAUUAGAAAAAACCUAACAUCCCCCCCACAUAUAAAACCCUCUCGUUUUGCUAUUUUCAGACAAUUCCAAUUCCAAUUUCUCUUGUUCAUCUCCUUCGCCAGUAACUCAAAUGGUACGCCCCAUACCAAUCCAUGUGGGUGAAAUCAGUUUCUCCCCAGUCCCUCUCGCAAUAGCCCUGUUUGUUUCGGUGUCUGCCCUCGUAGCACUCUGUGCAAAGCAUGCAAGGCAAGUCCCAAGCAAGUACGACGAGACCGAAACAAGCACGCCGAAAUCGCCGGGAUUACGGACGCCGAAGCAGCUCAUCACAACUCUCAGCAACAAAGCCAUGAUACCGCUGGUUCACGCCAAGAAAUCCCUGCUGCACCCAGGUAACAACAACACCAAAGCGCAAGAAGAGAUGGGAUUGUGGCAGAAGGCAAUCCUGAUGGGAGAGAAAUGCCAGCCGCCGGAGUUCUCCGGGGUCAUAUAUUACGACUACUCCGGUAAUAGGAUCCCGGAGAUGCCUAAGUCCCCCCGAGCCGCACACAUGAGCCCUUUGAGAAAUUUUACUUCUUUUCCUGCCCAGAGGAUGGAUAAGUCCUUGCAUUAAUCAUCAAACAUGGAUUUUUCUUUUUUGGUAAUGAUCAUAUAUCAUAGUUUUUGGCAUUUUCUUUUCUUA